AUGACCAAGAUCAUCUCGCUUUCCGUCCUGGCCCUCGCCAUUUCGAUGGCCAACGCCGUCCCCACGGGCAAGGGCAACAUCGUCCAGUACUCGGACCCUGACGUUGUCGACGCCAAGAACCUCGGUGUCGACGUCAACGUGCUCAGCGACAAGGAGCACAAGAAGCCUGGCCACCGUGGCGGCCACAAGUGGGGCCACAAGUCCUCGGACAGCGGCAACAUUGUUCAGUACUCGGACCCCGACGUCAUUGACGCCAAGAACGCAAAGGUCGGCGUCGACAUCCUCAAGCGUCACGGUGGCAACGUUGUCCAGUACUCGGACCCCGACGUCGUCGACGCCAAGAACGCAAAGGUUGGUGUCGACAUCCUGAAGCGCCACGGCCACGAGGGUGGUGUCUACCAGUACUCGGACCCUGAUGUCGUCGACCUCAAGAACCUGGGCCUCGGCAUUGACAUCCUCAAGCGCCACAACAAGGAGGGUGGUGUCUACCAGUACUCGGACCCCGACGUUGUCGACCUCAAGAACCUCGGCGUUGGCAUUGACAUCCUCAAGCGUCACGGUCACGAGGGCGGCGUUUACCAGUACUCGGACCCUGACGUUGUCGACGCCAAGAACGCAAAGGUCGGCAUUGACAUCCUUAAGCGCCACAACAAGGAGGGUGGCGUCUACCAGUACUCGGACCCCGAUGUUCUUGACCUCAAGAACCUCGGCAUCGGCAUCGACGUUCUCAAGCGCAACCUCCCCAACGUCGAGCAGUACUCGGACCCAGACGUCGUUGACGCCAAGAACCUCAAGCUCGGUGUUGACAUCCUCAAGCGCCACGGCCACGAGGGCGGCGUCUACCAGUAUUCGGACCCCGACGUUGUUGACGCCAAGAACCUCAAGGUUGGUGUUGACGUCCUCAAGCGCAACCUGCCCAACGUCGAGCAGUACUCGGACCCGGACGUCGUUGACCUCAAGAACCUCAAGCUCGGUGUUGACAUUCUUAAGCGCAACCUUCCCAACGUUGAGCAGUACUCGGACCCGGAUGUUGUUGACGCCAAGAACCUCGGCGUCGACGUCAACGUCCUCAGCGACAAGGAGCACAAGAAGUCUGGCCACCAUGACGGCCACAAGUGGGGCCACAAGUCCUCGGACAGGGGCGACGGCAACAUUGUCCAGUACUCGGACCCCGACGUCAUCGACGCCAAGAACGCAAAGGUCGGCGUCGACAUUCUUAAGCGCCACGAGGGCAAGGUCGUCCAGUACUCGGACCCCGACGUCGUCGACGCAAAGAACAUCAAGGCUCUCAUUGACAUCCUCCGCCGCAACGACUACGAGGUCAUCAAGCGCUCGUCGAUCUCCAAGCGUGGCAACCAGGACAUGUGGCAAUUCGACGAGGGCGACCACACCUGCUACUGCUCCACCAAGAAGUCGUGCGGUGCACCCAAGUCCCAGCCUUCGCAGACCUCGACGCCGCCUGGUGUUCACGUGCCCUCGCCUACUUCGACUCCCUCCUCGACCCCUACCUCUGCGCACAAGCACCACCACCACCACUCCUCGGAGCCUGCCAAGUCGACGCCCACCUCGAGCUCGCACAAGCACCACCACCACCACAGCAGCGAGGUCCACACCCCCUCGUCGACCACGAGCGCGCACAAGGACAAGCCCACGCACACCCCUUCGUGCCCUGCCGGCUGGAAGCACAGCAAGGGUGGCAGCAUCAUCCAGUACAGCGACCCUGACCUCAUCGACCUCAAGAACCUCAAGAUCGACAUUUCGAUCCUGAGCAACAACGGCGCAGAAGAGAAGAAGACUGUGCCAGCCAAGAACCCGCCAAAGUGCGACGGUGACUACUGCUGCUACAAGUGGAACGACGAGUCGGUCAAGCAGAUCAGCGACCCGGAUCUCAUCGAUGCCAAGAACGCCGGCAUCAACAUCUCGCUCCUCAGCGGCAACGAUGGCAAGAGCGGCCUCAUCAGCGGCCUCCUUGGCGGUCUCGGCCUCUAG